GGCGCCGCCGCCGCCGCCGCCGCCGCCGCCGCCGCCGCCGCCGCCGCCGCUCUACCUAAUCCAGCCGCCAGGCCCAGUGCUCUGACUUCGAGACCAGAGCGCUCUACAGAGACACCCUCACUCCUUCGUGGGAGUCCGGGACGCCUAGCUGGGUGCUGGGAGAAGCUCCGCUUGCGGGGGACAGGGAGGGAGGAGCCUGGAGCUGGAGCCGGAGCCAGGGCCACCCUUCGCCUGGAUCAACAGGACGGGACAGGUUGAGGGGGGUCGGGGAAUGGAAAGGGGGGUGAUAUAGGCAGUCUCCAGGAGGACUAGUAACCCCUGCCGCAGGAAGCUCUGAUGCGCUGACUUGUUGGGGGCCUGUUCACAUGUGGGGACAGGUGACAAAGUGGGUGCACGCCUCUUUUGGGGGGCUGGUUAAGAUUGGAGGGUGUGGGAUCUAAACAGCAUGAGCUGUCCCUGAGGAAAUUUAAGAGCAACCAGGAAAGAAAAAAAAAACCACAUAAGCGAAUGCUCCUUAUUUGGAGGUGACAGAGGGUCCUCCGGACAACCACCUGGUGUAUCCACUAGAAAGGGUGGAUUUGGAGGUGACUUCAAAAAGAGUGGAGGGCAACAAGGUGAGGAAAGGGUCUCAGCAGCUUGAACGCUAUGCUACUAGAAAUGGGGGAGACAGUAAAAGCCGUUGUCCAGCUAGAGGAUCUGAGAACCCCUUUUCACUGAACCUGCACAACCCUGAUACUGAGACAUAUUUUAGGGGGAUUUCAGUUAAAAAGUGGGAGAUCCUCUUCAUUUAGAAGGUAGCAAAAGAAAAAGCACCAAGGUUGGGUUCCUCCUUGACAUUGAACAGUGGCCCAGAAGGAGUGGGGUGAACUAAUAUCCCCAACUAAGGAUCUACAUUUUUUAGAUUACAAGAGUGGAUCUGACUGGAAUGUGGGCCCUAAAAUAGGAUGGAAAGAUGUCUGAGGAUAUUAGGACCACAUCCUAGAAAUUUUGGAGGUCUUGGCUUCGGGAUAGAGGCAGUAGGGACCAAGACAAGAGGAGAGGGAAGGGGGUAGUUUUCAGUAGGGGACAAAAUUGGAGGGUGAGGUCAGCUGAGGAGUGCAUAGGCUGCUGGAUCCGGUGAAGCUAGCACAGGGCCCAAGGGUGGGAGCUGGCAGCUUUUGGGGGUAUUUGGGGGAGUCUGGGACUUAUCCUCAGGUCCUGUGGGUGGGGCAGUGAGUUAGGGCCAGAUCGUCAGGAGCAUGCCUUGGUGAGACGGCUCCUCUGGAGGAGCCCAGCGCUCUCCAGGCGCCCGCUGGUUUGGGGGUGUCUCCUCCCGGGGCGCCAUGGCGGCGCUGGCCAGUAGCCUUAUCCGGCAGAAGCGGGAGGUCCGCGAGCCCGGGGGCAGCCGGCCGGUGUCGGCGCAGCGGCGCGUAUGUCCCCGCGGCACCAAGUCCCUUUGCCAGAAGCAGCUCCUCAUCCUGCUGUCCAAGGUGCGACUGUGCGGGGGGCGGCCCGCGCCGCCGGACCGCGGCCCGGAGCCUCAGCUCAAAGGCAUCGUCACCAAACUGUUCUGCCGCCAGGGUUUCUACCUCCAGGCGAAUCCCGACGGGAGCAUCCAGGGCACCCUGGAGGACACCAGCUCCUUCACCCACUUCAACCUGAUCCCUGUGGGGCUUCGUGUGGUCACCAUCCAGAGUGCCAACCUGGGUCACUACAUGGCCAUGAAUGCUGAGGGGCUGCUCUACAGCUCGCCACAUUUCACAGCUGAAUGUCGCUUUAAGGAGUGUGUUUUUGAGAAUUACUACGUCCUGUAUGCCUCUGCUCUCUACCGCCAGCGUCGUUCUGGCCGAGCCUGGUACCUAGGGCUGGACAAGGAGGGCCGAGUCAUGAAGGGAAACCGAGUCAAGAAGACCAAGGCAGCUGCCCAUUUCAUGCCCAAGCUCCUGGAGGUGGCCAUGUACCGGGAGCCUUCUCUCCACAGUGUCCCUGAGCCCUCUCCUUCCAGUCCUCCUGCCCCCUGACAUGUAGUCCUUGGACUGGAGGCUCCCUGUACACCCAAUGAGCCAGCCACCGCCACAGCCCGUCUCCCAGUCCUGCUCCUGGCCCUGCUCUCACCCUUGCUGCCACAAUGCCCUGAGCAGCUGGGUCCCACCAGGUGCUCUACCUUGAGGGAGCCUGGGGCUGGCUGGGGACUUCCAGGGCUUCUGAAACUCUUGGAUCCUUGGGUCAGAGAGGGGAUCAGAGGGGGUGGUAUCUGAAAAUGGUCCUGGGUGAUCACUUCUUUUUUUCCACAUUAACACCACUUCCCAAAGCAUUGUCCUGAAAUGGCACCAGGGGUUCCAAAACUGACAGAGCUAGGGUAUAAACACUCUUUACCUCCCACUCAGCCAUUUUCUGGAACCCUGUGCCCCUUUUCAUUGCCCCUGAGCCAUAGAUUUAUAGGUCUACUGGAGCUCAGGAUCAGUUUCUUUCUUUCCCUGCUCUGCCUUCUGCCUUGGUCUGGUCAGGUUCUGAAACACCAAAAACCCAGUGGGGCCACUCCUUUUCUAGGGCCCUCUGCUGGACCCCAGGCAUGCUGCCAGACUGUGUUCUGGAUUCAUCAAGCUUCUGUCCAUGACCUAGGUGGACUCCCGACUUCUAAGUAGAGAAAGGUUGGAUUAUAGCCCUAUCUUGUGGUCAGCCUUGGUCUGAACAGGGACCAGUCUCAGAUUACCACCGGUUUAACAUUCUUAUCCCAGAGACCCCCCAAUACUAAAGCAUGGUGUCCUAGACCUUUACAGAGUUAUACUCCUUCCUAAAUCUCAGUUCUAGGACAUAGACCGUGACUCUCAGCCCUUCUCUCUAGCAUGGAACUGGGGCCUGUAUAGCCAUAUUAUUACUCUAGAGAUACCUAUUAAGAACGAGUUCUGGAAAGGACCUAGGUCUAAUUCCCAUAGAACUAAUUAGUUCUACUUGAAUCAAGAACUUUUUUUCCCCUAGGUAAUUUUCUAAAAAUCUUAUCCUUCCAUAUAGAAUGGUAACCUUUAAAUGCAAUUUCUAGUUCCUGCAACUAAACUGGGGUCCUGCCAGAGAGUCUGAAGAAGCAUAGAGGAAUUUGGCAGGAUCUCUGGCUCAUGAUAGAGAAGCUGGAGGAGGGGGAGGGCAAAGGCAUGGGAUGACUAAACCUGUGCUGAGUUGGGGGACAUGACCACUUAGCUACCUCAGCAGGAAUUCCUUCCAAGUCCCCUUUAAAGCUGAGGUCUUUAUGGCAAGUGUGAUUAGAAUAAAAGGACAAAUGGGAGUCAUCCUUGAUACCCUCCCCAAGUGAGAAUAACCUAACUCAGCAAUAAGUCCCACCCUUCUCCCUACGGGUCAGGCCAAGGAGGGUGAGGGCCUCUUGGACUCAAGACCUACACCUUCAGAGCUUCUAACUGAAUAGAACUUGCUUUAUCUUACAGUUUAUAACCUCAGCUGGGUUUUCAGUACCCAAAAAGGGCCAGACUAGAUUAUUCUGAAAAACACAGUGAGACCUAGUGGCAGGCCUGGAAAAGGCCAGAAAACCGCUAAUGAACUAGAAAGGAGUCCAACAGACCUGGGUGGAAUAGACUGAGGAGGCCCUAAAAGAGAGGCUAGUGCUUAAAGGCAGGUCAUUUUUCUUCAGGCUCUUUUACUUCUGGCUUGUUGCAAAGGGGGUAGAUGCCCGCCUCACCUACCCAAACCCGCUCAAGCUCCACCCAUUUCCUGGCUCUGCUGCUAGGGGAACAGUUCUCCACUUCAUGCUUUCUCAAUUAAAGACGAUUUGUACAACUGAA